UUAUUCUUUGUGCCUACCCCAACAACCCCCUAGUUUUCCAGUAGAGGCAAUAUCAGGUAAUAAAGAGCAUGUAACAAAGGAGGUAAGAGACUGAAAGGGAGAAACCAGAAAGAGCAAAAACCUUAUAGGGGAAACAGGGCAGUAUAAAAGGGAGAGUAUUUGGCUCGACUAGCAACAGAUCGCAACGAACUACAACGCAAGAUGAAGAGCCUCUCCUUGAUAAUCGUUUUUACGAUUUUGAGUACUGCCUUGGCAGUUUUCCCUCCUAUCCCAGAGUAUUCGGAAGAAAUAGCGCAUACCGAAGACAACGGCGAAGCAUCUUCGACUACUGAAUCCGCAGUUAAGGUUUCCGGCGAAGAACCCAAAGAGAGUGACGAUUUUAUUACGAAAAGUGAACCUGUCGAUGUAAGCGAAACCCGACAAUCGCGCUCGCCAUUAAUUUCCGUUUACUUGAAAAAAACAAAGCCGAAUCUAAUUCUCUCAACAAGUAACUCAACUGCAAAUAAAUCGGAAGAGAUAUUAAUUGCUCCGAUCUCGGAAGAGAAACCAGAAAUACCUAGAGCUUCGGGAAUUCGGGAUGAAAUAUCUCGACCCAAUUACGCUUACAUAAUGAGACCCCAAUACUAUGGCUCCAUGCUUCCGGAAAUGGAACAAAACUUGGCAAAAGAGGAAGAAGACAAUAGAUUCUUUAAUCUUGCGGCGCUGAUGAGUCCUCCUAAAAAGCCUUACGUUCCUGGAAGUAUGAGACCAUACUCAAGACCUCAGCAGAAUUACGCCAACUACAUGAGACCACGACCCUACGGAUAUCCAUCGGGAUAUGGAAUGCAAGCAGGUUAUGUACCUCAAAGAUUUACAGGGUACGUACCUCAAAGAUUUACAGGGUACGGUCCUCAAAGAUUUACAGGGUACGCUCCUCAAACUGGAUACGGAGUUAUCCAGCCGGAUGACGGAUACCGUCUUGGCAACGGGCCAGAUAUGUCGGAAGAGAAUCCAGACGAAGAAGAAGAUAACAAAUUCUUUAACUUGAGUGAAUUGUUAAGCCCUCCUCGAAAACCGUAUGUGCCUGGAACCAUAAGACCAUAUUCAAGUCCUCGACCGAAUUAUGCGAAUUUCUUGGGACCCAAUUUUGGACGUCCCAGCUACGGUCAAAUGCCCGACCCAUACUCUUCCGGCUACAGUGGCAAUUUUAACGGCUAUACUGAUAUCUACAAUCAAAAAUAAAACAGAUGAUUAAUCUCUGUGAUUUCACAUUGAACUGAAUUUUGUUUGAUUUCAAUACAAUUACUAA